AUGGAUGGUUUUAUUCCUGGACAAAUAUUCACAACGUCGGCUAGUUUGGUUGAUAGCGUUGAUAAAAAGUUAUUAGUUGUUCUUCGAGAUGGCAGAAAACUUAUAGGAGUAUUGAGGUCUUUUGAUCAAUUUGCAAAUUUGGUAUUACAGGAUACAGUCGAGCGGAUAUACGUGGGUGAUGCGUAUGGAGAUAUUCCCAGAGGAAUAUUCAUAAUACGUGGCGAGAAUGUUGUUUUGCUUGGUGAAAUCGAUCUCGAUAAAGAAGAUAUUCUACCGUUGCGAGAAAAACCAAUAGACGAGAUACUGGCCGAGCAGCGAGAAGAAAUUGAAGACCGACAGAAGCGAGACAAGCUAAAAAAUAAAAUGUUACAUGAUCGAGGGUUCAGUGUUGAUUUUACCGAAACUGAUCUAGUAAAAAUAUUGGGACGUGAAAAUAAUCGAGAAGCCGAAAGAAAACAUAUGUCAGCGAUUUCAACUGCAUGGAUUGCAGCGAUUGUUACUGCUUUACCCGUUCUUUUAAUUGACAAUAGCUAUAACGUCGGGAUUUUCCUUAGGUGA